AUGCGACACGGUGAGUACGUCGCUUUGGGAAAGGUCGAAGCCGCCCUAAAAACCAGUGCCGCUAUUGCAAAUGUUGUCAUCUACGGCUCUGGCGCUAUUCUCAUGCCUAUCGCCAUCGCUUGUCCUGUCGAAAAAGUUGUGCGAGAAUGGGCGGAUGAAAUCGGCGUCAAGGGCGAUCUCGUCGAAAUCUGCAACGAUGAAAAAAUCGUGAAGAAGAUGAUGGAAGAGAUUCAAGCCACGGCUAAAUCCGCUUGCUUGUCAAAGUUGGAAAUUCCCAACAAGGUUCACAUCGAUGGAAGCUUCGAGGCUGGCUGGCUUCCUGACACUGGUCUCGUUACUGAUGCUUUCAAGUUGAAGAGAAAGCAGCUUAAUGAACAUUACGCAGAUGUCAUCGCCAGAUUGACAGCAUAA